AUGGCGAUUGUGACACUAGAGAUGCUUCCCGGUUACUACCGCCAUAUUAACAAGUACAAAUCUUCACUAUUCACAAGGAUUUAUGGUGUUCAUGCUUUGAAGCCUGUUGGAGGUGUUAAGACAUAUUUUGCUGUGAUGUCAAACAUGCUACAUUCAACGAUCUUCAUGAACAAGCUCUAUGAUCUAAAAGGUUCUCCUAAAGGUCGAACUAACAAGAAAAUUGAAGUGAGAAACACCACUGUUUUGAAGGAUAUCGAUCUCGAUUUCUGUUUCUACGUUGAUCCAUUGGCCAGACAACGCAUCAUCAAGCAAACAAAGCUAGAUUGCGAGCUUUUGGAAGAAGAAGGUAUAAUGGAUUAUAGCUUACUGGUUGGUUUACAAGCUCAAGAGUCUUGUCCAGGUUCACUUCAUGGAGUAAACCCGGUUUACGGUAGCUUCACACCUCCAUGCUCGUUCAAAAGCGAUAGCACAAAGUCGAUCAAGACGGCUUUGAAUUCUCCUAAUAGAUCUUUUGUAACAAUGAAUCCAUGCUCCCCCGAUAGAGAUUCAGUCGAAAGCGAAAAGCCGAAGUCUAUACAAUCAGUAGCAAGCAAUAGCACAAGCUCAAAAAAAAAUCAGAUCAACAGAAAAAGCAUAUUAGCAGUAACACUCAAUGACCUCAUCCACAGUAGCUCAAGUAUCAGUUUUGGGAUGAAGAUUCCGGCGAGGGCACGGCGAGUGACGAGAGAGACGGGAGAAGAAGAAUGGUACGACGUCCUUUUGUAUAUAGGGAUCGUAGACACGUUUCAAGACUAUGGUAUGAAGAAACGCAUAGAACAUUGUUACAAAUCCAUCCAACAUAACUCGAACUCAAUCUCGACCGUUCAUCCUAAGAUUUACUCUUCUAGAUUCCAAGACUUCGUCUCCAACAUUUUCUUACCUCACGGCGACGAUCGUUCUCUCUAA